GCUGAAGUUGAUUCCACGGAUGAUGAGGAGACAAUUGCCAAAGAGGAAGAGUUAGUCCAGCAGGAUGAAAAUGCGAAAGAUGAAGAAGCCAAAGAAAUUGAAGCCCUCUGCGCAGAGGCGGACAAGUCCAUUGAUGAGCUUCUACCCCCCGGCUAUCUGGAGCAUAUUCAACAUCUUCAUGAGUCAGGAAAGUUGGACAUGGAAAUUGAUGGGAAUGAAAGUGAAGAGGAGAAAGAUGGGAAGGAAAAGCAGUCUAGGAAACGACCUCUUGGAGAUAUGACUGAUAACGAGACAGACCAAGCUCCGCCAUCCAAGAAGCGUUGCAAUGACAAGGAGUUUAAUGCAGACGGUGAAGACUCGGCAGAUGACGAGACAACUAUAGCUGAACAGGAAGCUCAUGAGAAAGUCAAGGCUGAAGAUGGCAGUUCAGAAGACAAGGACAAUGGUCCUUCAGCCGGCGAGAUCAAGGAAGUCUCUCAGUUGGCUUCCGAAGCCGAGAUACCCAUCGAAGAGCUCCUAGCACGUUAUGGUCUCGAUCCUGAACAGUUAAGAAAACCAGUUGUUGACGGAGAGACCUCAGACACCGCCUCAGCUACUGACAGCGGAUCUGAGUCCGACUCUGCGGAAAGUUCAACUGAUAAUGAGUCUUCUUCCUCCGAGGAAAAGGAUUCGGGGGACAGCUCUUUGGAAGGAGAAAAUGAGAAUAGUGAUGUGGAAAUGGAAGAGCCGGGAUUGGUUGACCUUCUUUCUGAAGAUGAGAAAGAAAAUCUGGCAAGAAGUAACGAUUCCAUGCCUGAGAAUGCCGAAUUGAAAGCUAUCACGGACGUGGCGAUGAGUGCUCAACCAACGGGAAACACACUAGCGUCUGUGGCGGAACCAGUUAAAACUCCCUUCUUACUCUCUGGUACUCUUCGUGAAUAUCAGGUUGUUGGUUUGAGUUGGUUGGUAGCCAUCUACGAAAAGCGGCUAAACGGUAUCCUUGCCGAUGAGAUGGGUUUAGGAAAGACCAUUCAAACUAUCGCCUUUCUUGCUCAUUUGGCCUGUGAAUUGGGCAUUUGGGGACCGCACUUGAUCGUCGUUCCCAACUCUGUGAUCCUCAACUGGGAAGUAGAGUUCAAAAAGUGGUGUCCUGGUUUCAAGAUCCUUACCUAUUUCGGUUCGGUGAAAGAGAGGAGGGCAAAACGAAAGGGCUGGACAAAAACCAAUGCAUUUCACGUUUGCAUAACUUCAUAUCGACUGGCAAUCCAGGAUAGUUCUGCAUUUAAAAGGAAGAAAUGGAAAUAUCUAAUCCUUGAUGAGGCUCAGAAUAUUAAGAACUUCAAAUCUCAGCGAUGGCAAACUCUUCUUACCUUCAAUAGUCAGCGACGACUUCUCCUCACUGGUACUCCCCUGCAGAAUUCCCUUAUGGAACUCUGGUCCCUAAUGCAUUUUCUCAUGCCAAAUAUCUUUCAGUCUCAUCGCGAAUUUCAGGAGUGGUUUGCGUCCCCACUGACAGGAAUGAUUGAGGGGAAUAGUGAGUACAACGAGCAGUUGGUUAUGCGGCUGCACAAAGUUCUACGACCUUUUCUUCUACGCCGCCUUAAAGAGGACGUUGAAAGGCAGAUGCCAAAGAAGUACGAGCAUAUCAUUCUCUGUCGACUGUCGAAGCGUCAGCGAUACCUCUACGAUGAUUUCAUGUCACUCUCUACGACUAAAGAUACUCUAGCCUCAGGCCAAUUUCUCUCAGUCAUGAAUAUUCUCAUGCAAUUGCGUAAGGUCUGCAACCAUCCAAAUCUCUUUGAACCCCGUCCAAUCACCUCGCCCUUCCACAUCUCAGACGAUGACGCCGCUUGUAUUGAAGUGCCGCGAUUGGUAGCUCAAGUCUCCACUCCAUUCCUCUCUGCUUUCCAACCAGCUUCCGCCUUUACAGUAGCCUCUACACUUGAUUGGCUGGAUAGAGCAGGUGCUGCCGCUCGUUUGAUUGGUCAAACGGCAAAUUUGGCGGAAAUGACAAGGGAUCUGCCUGCUUUCGUGGCUCGUAGGAUCCACCAGCUACAAGUUAAACCUGAUCUAAUUACUGUACUGGAUAGUACUGAAGCGUCGGAUAGAGUUUCUCGUGAACGCAGCUUAUUCACCGAUCUCAGAAAGCAGAAAGGCUUAGAGCCUGAGGAACCCACAAGUAAACGUCGUCCUGUCCCAAUUUUUAUUCCCCAUUCCACCGUCCUGGAAGUCAAUGAGGAGCUCUCAAGGUCAAUGGAGGAUUAUUACCCUCUGAGAACCAAAUUACCCUAUCCAAACCUUCCCCGACCCAAGUGCAAGGGAACUUCCUUCAUUGAAGUUUCACGUCGUUUGGAUCCAUGGGACAACGGUAUCCCCAAGGCUGUUCUCAGGCGUCGUGAAACUGAGCGUCAACAUCGUAUAUCCCUCAUUUCCCGAUUGAAUGAGCGACGUUGUGAAGACAUCUACGAUCACAGUGGUACGUUCGAUAGAACCUCCCUCCCAAGUCCCGACCUUGUUCACUUUCUCACCUCCGCUGUCAUUCGUCAACCCCAUCACCGUGAACUCAGUCGUUUCGGUACUGGCGCGUGGAUCGCCUGUCAGCAGGCUCUUCGGACAUGGCCGGAUAAAAGAGCUUGUGAUGAUGUCGAUGGACCCCCAACUUAUCUUCGGCAUCCUACCGAAGUUGUUAGCGGACUGUCGGUGCCUGGACAACAAGCCGCUCUUGUAGAAAGACUGCAACCCUUUUAUGGACCUGAAGCUGCUUUUCCCGUUCGAUCCUCGUGGAAUAAAGCAUUGAGGCAGAUGUUGUUCAGUCCUAUUGACUGUUUUGAACAUUUUGACGUACAUCUCAAUAACACAAACAAAAAGUCAGUCACCACCAGCAGUGCGGCUGUUGGCAAAAUCCACUGUUCUUGUCGAAAUCUCACUUUCCGAUCGUGGUUGAUGCCUGCUCAACUCCAUCGAGUAGGCAAUAGUCAUGCAUUCCAGUUUCCAGAUCCUCGUCUCAUUCAAUAUGAUUGUGAACUCUAUGCGGACGAGCAUCGAGUUCUAAUUUUUACUCAAAUGGCUCGAAUGUUGGAUAUUUUGGAGCAGUUUUUAGCCUACCAUGGUUAUCGUUAUCUGCGUCUGGAUGGUUCAACCAAGGUGGAGCAGCGACAAGUUCUCAUGGAACGCUUCAAUAUGGAUCCGAAGAUUUUCAUUUUCAUUCUUUCCACGCGAUCGGGUGGCUUGGGCGUGAAUCUCACCGGAGCUGAUACAGUCAUCUUUUAUGACUCCGACUGGAAUCCUACCAUGGAUGCUCAAGCUCAGGAUCGAUGUCAUCGAAUUGGUCAAACUCGUGAUGUCCACAUCUAUCGUCUAAUCAGUGAACGUACGGUGGAGGAAAAUAUUCUUCGCAAAGCCAAUCAGAAGCGUCUUUUGAGUGACGUGGCGAUCGAGGGCGGCAAAUUCACUACCGCUUUCUUCAAACAAUCCAUCAUUUCCGAUCUCUUUGCCGAGCCCUCUGGUUUGCAAGAUCUAAUUCAAGACAAGGAGAAGGAAGCUGUUAAGGAAAAGAAGGAAGAAGACGAAAAGGAAGAGCAAGAUCCACCCUCUCCACCCCUCCUUACAACUCGAUCUGGACGUCAGAUUCGAUGGAAGGGAGCCACUUCAAUCUUGGUGAAUGCUAAACAACAAUCAGCAGAGGAGGAAAGCACUGCUGGAGCUGUUAAACAGGGUGCUAUCACGGACUCGCAGUGGGUUGCUGCGCUGGAAGCCUGCGAAGAUGAUGAAAAUGAUCGGGUGGCGGCCAAGAGAGCUCUGGAUGAAGCUAAAGCGGACUUGGAGGAAUUUGAUGAGUCAAAGCCUAUUGAAGUUCCAGCUGUUAUCGAUGGUGAAGAUAAGGCUGAAUUGGCUGACGACCAGGCUCCUCCUACAAUAGAGGGUUCAAUGUCUGACCCACUGGCACGUUUCGCUAAAAUGCGUCAGCAGGAGGCAGCAACAGCGGCAAAGAUUGUAGAGGCUGAAAAUGUUGCAUCUACGGUCUUGGAUGAAAAUACUCCUGAAGCGAGCGUCGAAAGAGAACUGGCGGAAUUCGAGGCCAUGCUUCGCCCAAUUGAACGAUUUGGUGUUAAUCACUUGGAGAGCUUCCACGAUGACACCCUGAAUCUUGAGCUCGUGCAAUUUGAGGCUCAGAUUGAGGAAUCCAAGAGGGAAUGGAAGUUGAAUGCCCUCAAAGCUCUCCAUGAAGCCGAUGAAGAACGUGCAGAGUUGGAGGAGGACGAAAUCCUCUACUGUGACCCCGAUUAUGAUCCCGAAGCAGCGCGUCUGGCCGAAUUGGACGAACUGGCACGUGCUGAAGAGAUGGAGGAACUCCUCGGUCGAACAGGUGGAUUGCGGGGACGUGGUAGAGGUCGAGGUCGCGGUACGGCUUCUCGGGGUCGAGGUCGUGGAACAGGUCGUGGUCGUGGCCGUCCAGGUGUGGACAGUGAACGCUCUUCCCUCCAGGACGAUGGCCGAGACAUGGAUGAUGUUGAUGAUGAAUAUGCUGAGGAUUAUGAAGAUGCAGCAUCUUCUACUGAUAGAGCAGCCUGGUUCAAUGCGAGGUAUCGAGAUAUGGACAAUCGUCGUCGUCGUGGGCGUUUCGGAAGCCCCGACUAUAUUGACUGGGAUGAUGAGGAUGGAGAUGAACCAGAAGCAAUUGAUAUUUGGUAUCCUGGACGGCCGUCUUUGAGAGGUGCGAAACGUGGACGUGGAGGCGCUGUUUCACGUGGAUCUGGACGGGGUAGAGGUAGACCUCGGCUCUCUGAUUACUGGAGAGGUCCUGAUGAGGACGAUCCAUAUUCCCGUCAAAGACGUCGAUUCCCCUCUGCAGAACAGGCAGAUGAUUCUGGCUCCGCAUCGAUGGAUAGUUUUCCUGGAAAAAGGCGACGUGGUCGCCCUCCGUUAUCCUAUAAUUCUAGCAGGAAGCUGAACUAUAUACCUCCGCGUCCACAGCCCAGAGUGCAACCUGCUAUUGUGCAGCGACCACAUGCCUCAAGGCAAUAUUACCAGCACUUUGGAAAUCCAAGUUCCACCAUGGCAGCCUCAAGUAUCCCCUUCGCGUCCUCCGGUUCUGUUGGUGUUUCGAACCAUAAUUCUAUCUAUCAUUAUCAACAACAAGGCUCUAGGAUACUGCAGCAUAAUUCAAGGGUCCUGAACACAUUGAUGGCCUCAACUAAUUCAAACGAUGCGGUUUUUCGACAACCGUCUUUGGUUUCUCAUGAAGAGGAAGUUGUCACACAACAAUAUCAGCCAUCAGUAUCUGUCUACCGUCCAUCAAGAGGUCAGCCAAUUCACCGUCCUAGAGGUGGUGGCAUUGCAUUUAUUAAUUCCCGUCCUCGGGUGAGACCAACCUUCUUCCAACAGCCCGUAAUAACUCAAUCAAUUCCUUCUACAAACAUAGCACCUCCUCGUCAGUAUAUCCCUUCUGUUACCCAGCAGCAGUCUACGAACUCUGUCCUCCUUCAGCAGGAGGAACCCACCGUACCCCUUCAAUCCUUCACAAACGGUGCCCAGACUGUUCAACCCCUAAGGAGCGUCCUUAGUGCGCCCUCCAACCAUCCGGUGUUAGUUGUAACAAGGGAGGUCAAGACUCCCACUGGUCAAGUCUUCCAGCAGCAAUUUACUCAACCUGUGCAACCCCCUCCAAAGUAUCUUCAAGUAAUACGUAGAAUACUUCCAGAUGGCUCCGGACAGUCAACUGUGGUUGUAGCUCCCACAUCUAUUCCACCUCCUACUAACCCCAUUUCCUCACCAUCUCAGACCAUCCAGAUUCCAUCCACCACUCCCUCGACUACAAAUAAUACGGCAGUGCAACCGGGAAGAAAAAUUAUCAAAGUCAUUCGAUCUUCUGUUCCAAAUGCCAUUCGUAUCCUCCCUCCCAAGCCCUCCUCUCCAAAACCGUCCUGA